UCGGUGGGGAAGAGACGUCUUUCGCGCGUUCUAUUGAUUUUAUAACAUUGACAGUGUUAUUAUUGUGUUUUCGCUUGAAAACAUUAAUUAUACAUAACAACCUUGGACUUUGUGGUGUGGUUCAGAUAAAGUAGCGACUGUUUUAUUUUCGUGCUCCAAUAAUGCUGAUUCAUGAGGACGUCCGAAACGAACGACCACAGUAGAAGCACGCGAAAUUCGAAAAUAGAACAGGAGAUGCAAUAGAAAGAGAGAGAAAGAUAUAUAAACUUUGUGGCAAAAGCGCGAAAAGACUAGCGAAGCGCGCGAAAUUUAAAAUGCAAGUAGGACGAUAGAAAGAGAGAGAUAUAGAAACUCAAAAGCGCGCGAAAUUCGAAUUGAAUGCAAAUAUAGAACGGGACGGCGAUACGGCUCCGUUUAAAAAUAGAACGUUCUGAAAUAGAAAAAAAUGCCCUCACCGGCCAGUAGCGAGGCGGGCGCCGUCUGGUGGCAUACACCAUGGAAAACCAUGGCUGAUCUAGCCGAGGCAGUCGACGAUCUGAUAUGCAGCUUCGAUUAUAUGGACACAGCUAUGGAUAAUCUAGUGAUGCUGAUAUUUAUCUGGAUUUUGUUCUCGAUAGUGAUAAUAGGGAUCGCGAAAUGGCUGUACAAGAGAUACGCGAAGGUAGAAGCGGAAAAGCCAAAAGAAAAUGUCGUGAUACCGGAGAAAAAGGUGGUGGCUGAAGUGGAAGUGAAGAAGACGGCGGCUUUCAAACCUUCGAAGCCUUCCGGUUUCGUACCACCCACUCCGCCGAAUAAGAAGCGGGUGGGACGGAUGUCACCGGGCCCUGAGCAGUUGACUCUGAAGAAGCAUCAGAGCAUAAUAAUACCGACGUGUACGGGCCCCGACGGAGCGAGCGUGCAGUGGGUGAAUGAUCUACUGGUGUGGUUAUAUAAUGACCUUGUGAUUGUGAAUGAGUUAGUGCAGCAAUGGAUUGUGUCUAUGAACGACUUCUCGAAGAAGUCAGUGGAGGAGCAAGGUAUAGGCGUGGAGCUGGUGCGAGCGCUGGACAGCCACCCGCCGACAAUUUCCAAUGUGUUCUGCGAGUGUGACUCCAAGGAUGACGUGACUAUAACCUGCGACUGCGAGGCGACUCCAGCCUUCCAGUUGAAGGCGUUCAGUCAGAGAGGAGAGAAGGUGGAAGUCUCCCACUACAGAGUCAAUGUUAACAGGUUCCGAGCCCGCCUCCACGUGGUGUGCAUCACGGAGAAGCUGUGCGGCGAGCUGAAGUGUGACGGCUGGCCGGAGGUGAAGGUGGCGCUGGCGCCGGUCGGCCCGCUCCGGCCGAACACAGCCGAGACCGAUCUGCAGCAGAGUGUCAGUGACAUAGUAGUGAGCGCCCUCCGCAACUCCAAGCUGGCUUUCAACCUGUCGGCGUACCCCACCUGCCCGAGACUGAGGAGAUACGAACCCCAGCCAGAGAGGAGACUGCCUCUGCAUUAUGAUUCCAUGGUAACUCCAGACCGCCUAUACACGUCAACACCAAACUCCACCAUGACGGGCGCUCAGCUGCUCAGCGACAAACGACUGCUAGUCAAGAUUGUGGCUGCUAAGGAUCUGGGAGGUAAAUCGGGCUGCGUGGCUCCCUACUGUGUUGUGGAGAUGGACGAACCCCCCCAGAGGAACCAAACAGCCUUCAAGAAGGACACCACCAGCCCCGUGUGGGAGGAGCACUUCCUAUUCGACCUAUCACCACAAACGGCGGAGCUACUCUUCGAAGUGUACGACCGCAUCGGGCCACCUUCCCCCGGCGGCGCCCAGUCACAACAUAGGUUCCUAGGUCUCGGUCUAGUCGGCAUAGACGAGCUGCUCGCGGCGCCGUCGCAGCGGCAACAGAUCGGCCUGCAGACGCGACCCAUGGAGGACCAUGACGUCAGCGGCAGCCUUACCGUCGAGUUCCUCUUUAUCGAGGGUGCUGACAUCCCGGAUAUCGGCUCCAAGCCACUCAAGAUCAAGGAGAGUCUCCGCACCGCCACACCACACGGGUAUACCACCACCACCAAGACCACCUUCCAGCAGAACGGUGCUGUCCAGGGCGACAGGCUGACGGAGUCGGCGCUUCGGGAACUCGAGCUGUCCUCGGCCGGCGCCGCCAACAAGUCCACCCUGAUCAUACACUCCGUGCAGCGGGAGCCGACGAAAUCGAUAAAGGUGGAACUAACCGACUCCGGGAAGUUCAUCGAAGUGGAAAGAGAGGCUCAAGAAGUCCAAAAGAAAGGUACAGAAGAUACAGAGAAGAUACAAGAUAAGAAGGUUGAAAAGCCGAAAACCCCAACUCAGUCUCCCGCCAAAAGCGUGAGGAUAAAAGAAAAUGGCGCCAAAGUUAACGGCGAUAGUGAAAAGCAGCAAGGCGACUACGUGAACAACCAGGAGCCCCCGCCACCGGAACCGGCGCCCCGACAGAAGAAACGACGAGACUUCUUCGGGACUAUCAAGAGAAGGCUCGGUCGGUCCCGCACUCGGGGACAGUCCCUCGAGCUGUCCUCAGACCAGGAGGUAGACCAGCACAUACGAAGCGUCAGCGCCGAGAGGAACAACCAUGACAAAGCCCUAUCACUGCCCAACCGAAACGUUUACUCCGCCGGCGCGUCGCCCGCGCAGUCCGGAGACGAGUCGAGGACAUCGAGAAGGUCUUCUCUUAGCGAGGUUUCUGGGUUUAGUACGGCGUCCGCCCGAACGUUUAUCCACGAAGCGUCAACUCUAGUGUUAGAGACGAUUGAGGCUGGCAUCAAGAAACAUUACCUGGUGCCGUUGACGGUAGCCCAGAGGUCGAGGUGGAGGAGAAAAGGCGUGAAACUGCACAUAUACAGCGAGCACACUUUCAUCGCUAAACAUCUUAGCGGUGGCACGGUGUGCGAGGUGUGCAACAAGACGAUAGCGCGGCGGCUCGGCAAGCAGGGGUACGAGUGCCGCGACUGCCAGCUCAAGUGCCACAAGCACUGCCACGUGAAGGUCGCCGUCACCUGCCCCCACUCUACCGUGCAUAAUAUGGAGCUGGCUUAUAUCUCUUCACCCUACACGGAUAAAAACAUAAGAAUGUUGUGAUAAAGCUUUGCACAAACUGAUUUACAAAAAUUAAGUACAAUCUGUACUUAGACUUUUUUACAAUGACGGUCUCAAUCUUUUUCGUGUUUUUGUCACCUUUAUUUCACUUUCCAUCUUUAUUUUGUGAGCUAGUAACACGUUGGCCCAAAAAUGUGGCCAGAGGCGAAAAAGAUAGAGACUAUAGACUGUAAGUUUCAAGUAGAAACUAAACUAAGUUAUAGAGGGCGCUACUAGUAUGCACAAUACUUAACACUUUAAGCUACUAGCGCCCUCUGUCAUUCAACCGCAUCGAGGAUAUACUCUAAUAGAGUAGUAGAUUUUUUUUUAAAUACCCAUAAUAUAACUCUCUAUUAUACUGUCUGUUCUGUUAUUUAAAAAAAUCAUUUACAUUUUUGUAUAUUACAAUUUUUUUUCGUUUUAAAGACUUUUUUAUGAUUUUUUUUUGGUCUUACUACUCUUAAAGGUAUUUUCUCGAUUUUCAACCGCUUCGAAUAUUGGCGUUAUGUUUAGGAUUCGCUAGAACCCACCUUUAGUAAGCGUUACGUUACCAUUUUCUUAAAAAAACAAGGACGCUACCUCGAUUGUGAAGGUGACUUUCGGAUUAUUUCCGC